GGACAACAUAGAGACCCUAGCCUUGGAACUGGACUUCUGGAUGGAGAACAGGACCAUCUCUGUGAGCUCGGGGGGCCAGAGCUAUGUCCUGAACCACUAUGCUGUCCCUUACGGGGGCCCCAGGCCAGAGGCCUACAGCAAGGAUUUUGAGCUGGCGGACACGUUGCCAGAAGAGGACCGGGUGGCUCUGUGGGCUGAGCUCAAGGCUGGGGCUGAGUCUGGCUGGGACUUCUCUUCACGGUGGCUCGUCGGAGGCCCAAACUCUACAUCGCUCAGCAGCAUCCGGACCAGCAAAUUCGUGCCUGUCGACCUCAAUGCCUUUCUGUGCCAGGCAGAGGUGCUGAUGAGCAACUUCUACACCAGGCUGGGGAAUGACAUCCAAGCCACAAAGUACAGAAAUCUGCAGCAACAGCACUUGGCUGCCAUGAGAGCCAUCCUGUGGGAUGAAGAGAAAGGGGCCUGGUUUGACUAUGACCUUGAGAAUGGGAAGAAGAACCUAGAGUUUUACCCAUCCAACCUCACUCCUCUCUGGUCUGGCUGUUUCUCUGACCCGGACGCCGUGGACAAGGCUCUGAAGUAUCUGGAGGACAGCCAGAUCUUGACCUACCAGUAUGGGAUCCCGACCUCUCUCCAGAAGACAGGCCAGCAGUGGGACUUCCCCAAUGCCUGGGCCCCCCUGCAGGACCUGGUCAUCAGAGGUCUGGCCAAGUCUCCUUCACCUCGG